UGGUUAUUCGUCUUUUGUCUUAUUUUACUACCCCAUUAUUCGGUGCAGGUUAUAAAGGCCAGCGAGACGGUUUGUCUGCUCGUUCCUGGUUUUCUCGCCCUUGUUUAUCCGGCUGGGGUAGUUAGCGCGGCGUAGAGCCGGCUUGCGCCCCGCGGCAGUGCUUCCGCGAGCCGCCUAGCGAUGGCACGCGCGCCCGCCGCCCUUCUGCAUGAUCCUGCGUACGUCCGCGAGCAUAGGUGAACUUCAGCCACAAACAUUUUCACUGAGACCCCCGUUUUAUAUGACUACCAAAAAUGACUUUUUUUAUACAUUUAUAUUGUGUGGUAUGGAUAACGUUAUUGACAGCCUGCAGCAGUACGACAGGUCGUGAACUGCUCAACGGGCAGAAUGUAGUAUCAGUAGCUCCUAUAAAGGUUUUUGACGAAUCUAUGUAUCCGAGAUUCGCUGAGCCAAUACCAAAUGUCACAGUCACUGUUGGCAAAGACGCUUUGCUGGCUUGUGUUGUAGAUAACUUAAGAGGAUUUAAGGUCGCCUGGGUUCGUAUGGACACCCAAACAAUCCUCAGCAUCCAUCACAACAUAAUAACCCAGAACCCACGCAUCAGCUUGUCGUACAACGACCACCGUUCGUGGUAUCUUCACAUCAAGAAUGUUGAAGAGGUGGACCGAGGAUGGUACAUGUGCCAGGUCAACACAGACCCGAUGCGUUUCAGAAAAGGAUAUCUACAAGUUGUAGUUCCCCCAUCGAUCAUCGACAACAUGACGUCUACGGAUAUGGUGGUGAGGGAAGCGACCGACGUGACCUUGGUGUGUCGCGCCUCAGGCUAUCCGGAGCCUUAUGUCAUGUGGAGGAGGGAGGACGGACAAGACUUUAAUUAUAAUGGGGAAUCCGUAAGCGUGGUGGAUGGAGAGACGCUUACCAUAACAAAGGUGUCUCGACUACACAUGGGAGCCUACUUGUGUAUUGCGUCUAACGGAGUGCCUCCGUCGAUAAGCAAACGGAUCAUGCUCAUGGUUCAGUUUCCACCGAUGCUGUCGAUACCAAAUCAACUAGAAGGGGCCUAUAUCGGACAGGACGUGACUCUGGAAUGUCAUACGGAAGCAUACCCUUCCUCAAUCAACUACUGGACCACGGACCGCGGAGACAUGAUCAUUUCCGAAAUGGAAAUUGUAGGUGGCAAGUACGAAGCGUUCCCGGUGGAUAGUGGCUACAACAAAUUCAUGAUGCUCAAGAUUCGCAAUAUCACCAAAGAAGAUUUCGGAUUUUACAAGUGUAUCGCGAAGAACUCUUUGGGCGAGACGGACGGCAUCAUCAAACUCGAUGAAAUCCCGGCGCCGCCGUCUGUCUUCACGACCACGCUGAAAUCCGUCCUGGAUAAUCAAACGAUCAGGAAAAAGGGGCAACUUCAAAUAGUACAAACGAACGAUGCAGUCAGCUCUACAUUCCAAGGUGAAGCCUUUGGUGAACAAAUAAGAGAUUUUGAUUUUUAUGAAGAAAAUUCCGCUCCUACGACAAGUAAGAAGAAACUAUUAUUUUUAAUACUGUUGGUGAUAAACGCGGCGAGACAAAUGCUCCUUUGAUAACUGUGAUGUAAAUAAAAAUAAAUAAGUACCUUUCUAAAAUAUACUAUUAUAAGUUCCUAUAAACUUAUUUUGUUUUAGCUGAACAGACAAUAAAUAUUAUUCGAGAUCAACUUUCUUGACCUUAAUAUUAUGUUUGUUACACGCACAUAUUUAAGUAGAUGUAUAUAUUUUUUAUAUAUAUUGGAUCUUGUAAUGAUUAAUUUAGAUUUUAUUGUCUUAUCCUUGUAAAAAUGCUUUUUAAGUAGGUAGUGUUAAUAAGUUUGCGGAUCGUCAUGCUUGAUCCUCAUACUUUGCGUAAAUUUAAAAACGGAUCGUGCACAAAAGAUAGCCAAUA